AUGGCAGACUCAGCAGCAAAACGGCGCAAGACAUCGCCGACCACAUCCAUACCGAUUGACGCGCCAACUACUCCAAGUCGAAUACCAGAUCCUCGGAAAAAUGGCCCACAAUCCGCUUCCCGCCGACCCUCGUUCGCGUCUCCCACAAAAGCAAGUUUGUCUCGUCAUAAUCCGCAAUUGCUGAAGAGACCUGCAUCGUCUGGAGGGUCAGGAAGUCAAGGAAAGAAUCUACAAGAUGUUUUCGCGAAGGCAUUGGGAGAACAACAACCCGCAACUGGAGCAAAUUCUGCCGUAUCUGGAGACGAUAGAGAUGGAACCAAGUCAAUGUCAACCACACAGGAGAAUGACCCUUCUGCCUACGACUCUCUUCUGACGAAGACUCCUCCGAGAGCCCGAAGUAAAGGACCCAUUGGAGGUGGAUUGUCUUCCAAACCUAGAAGACUUUCGCUUUCCCCCAGCAAACGGACCGAAAGACAACCUGUCGCGUUUCCUGUAGCAAAUUCACUGCCAGACGAUUUCAACCCCUUCCAGAAGAAAGGUCUGAGGAGGUCACCUAUAAGUUCGUCGGCUGAGACACCUUUACCUACUACCCAGGAACCCGCCCUUGAAGAUAGCUUCAAUCCUUUCAAAAAGACCGGGUUGAGGAGAUCUCCAAUAGCGGCACAGCCUCAACCGAUGCUAUCACAGCCUCUGGAAACUGCUUUCAGGGUAUCUCCUACUGCACCGGAUCCCCCGACUGCCAGGCCAGAAAAUAUCACUGAGCCAUUCUCACCAACAAAGAAGCUGAGAAGGUCGCCGGUGAUUCCGGCGCCUGUGCGAGGUGCUCUGGAGAAUGUACCGGAACCCUUUUCGCCGACGAAAAGACUCAGAAGAUCACCCGUAGUUGCAGAAGCUGUCAGAACUGGACUUGGAAGCUCACCCAUACCACCACAGAUCUCCGUGCAAACUGUAGAGCCGCCAAAGAGGAUAACACCUGCAAUGCUAGAGCCUGAAGCACCGCAGAAUUUGGACGCACAAUCUGGUCAUGUGCCAAGGAAAUCAUUAGCAGAGGUACCGAACGACCAGGAGGUAUCGCAGCCCCGCGAGAACGUUCCUGAAGCUAGGCAGCAAGCCUCCACUGGACCCGAUCAGCCUGUCUCGCAACCCAAGUUACUAUUUGCUGAGAUACCGAAAGUACCCAUUGAGCGAACUCAAGCUCCUAUCCACGAGUCGGCCACUUCUACAAGUCCCAAAGAUCCCCUCCCUCGGCGUGGUAACGUUCCAAAAAGCACGGCAAAAUCUCAAACGACAGUUCAAAACGAAGAUUCAAUUCAUGCAUCAGAAUCAAGUCGUAGGCCAGAGGGUUCGAGAAUGUACGAAGCUGUUCACGACUUGUUUACUGGAAACCGACGGGCAGAAGAGCCCGAUUUGCCUCCUACACCUACCCAGCUUGGGAUACCGGAUCCCGUUGUGACAACUCCACCGACUGGCAUUCAUGAUACGCCAAGUAAAAGGGCGAGAAGAAACAAGGCUCUUGGAGCAAAAUUAAAAUCAUCUCCGUUGAAGCCUCGGGAUCCACCUCCUCAGGAACCUCCGCAGCCGGUGCCACAGCCAGAGCUAGAGUCUGAGAAGCCGAAGCGUCGAAAGUCUGCAAGAUUUCUUAUCCCAGAAGACCCUCAUGCAUCCAAGAAGAAAGAGCGAGAUGAUCUCUUGAAGCAACUGCAGCAGCUUCAGGCAGAUGUCGCUCUCGCAAACCAGGAGAAUGAACGCCUUCGACUGCGAUCAGAGUCCAGAAAGAAGGGGCUUUCAGCUGCUCCGAAUCCCGAUGAGCUCCGGUCGAUGCUGUUACGAUCUACGGUGCCAGAAAUAUCGACCGAACCUACACCAAAACCACGCAGCGUGUUCCAAUCGAUGCAUUCAUUUCUGCCUUUUUCAGGACGACGGAGGAGAACUGCAGCUCCUCUGUCGGAGAAGCCAUUGCCUUCUCAUCUACCUAUUGCUCUCAACGACCCACUCCCCUAUCUACAAGCGUUCAGUCCUCUGACAUACUCAUCAACUGUCACUCUGCUUCCCUCGGUACAAACAUCGAGCGACCCUUCAGUUCGAGAGGAGCAACCUAUUCUCCAGAGGCAUAUCAUAACCGCCUCUCACCCUUCUGGACUUUUUACAACUCGUCUUUCCAUGACUGUUGAUACUUCAGUACAUACAAUUGCAGCGCUGGAUAUCCUUCGACUCGACAUGAAUGCGGAGAAAGAGCUUGGGACUUUCAUACGAUCCCGGUCCCGAUCUGAUCACCCGCUAGGAAAAGAUAUCACAGUUGUCUGCUGGGCAAUGUCACGCUGGAUUGAAGUGUCCAUCUCACGUGCAAGAUUCUGGUGUGCCGUCGAAAGUGAUUUUGGAACUCCGCAAGCCAGAGCUAAGUCUAUGCAAAAGAAGAGGAAACGCAAACGAAAAGGUCCAGGCCAGGACGAUGAGUCCUCGGCGGCACUUGAUAAGUUAUCAGACGAUGCUGAGGAUAGGCAGACCUGGACUCGGAGACAGUUGUUGCCGCAAAUCGGACGUACCGGUUUUGAGCUGGCAAAUGAGGAUGUGGAAUUACGAUUCGAGUGGAGAAUAUCGUUUGACUGGACUGGAGAAGUAGAAAGUGCCAUUUCGGCGAGCGCUAGGCUGCCGCGGACUUGGCAACAAGCAGAUGACAGGAAUAGUCUGGCAAAGGUUCCGGAGACCUUUGACAAGCUGGUCAAGGAACGAGGGCCGCUCGGCGCUGUACGAGCUACUGUCGGACUGUUCAUGCCCGUGUCAUGA